CUUUGGCGUAAACAGGAAGCAGCUGAUCUUGACUUCACUGCCUGCUUCCACUAAGUAAUGUGUACAAGUAUAUUCUUAUAAACAAGUAAAAAACAUAGUCUAAAACUGCUGGAACAUAAGUAACGGGCUGAGGGAGAGGAAGAGGAGAGCUGCUGCAGACACAGACUGAAGUCAUCUGACCUGCAGCUCACAGAAAUACUCCACACCGUGUCUGCUGAGGGGGGAUGUCAAGCACAGCAAUGAAGAAAAAGGUGCUACUGAUGGGAAAAAGUGGGUCUGGGAAGACCAGUAUGAGAUCAAUCAUCUUUGCCAAUUACAUAGCUCGAGACACACGUCGCCUUGGAGCUACAAUUGACGUGGAACACUCCCACGUACGGUUUCUUGGCAAUCUGGUUCUAAACCUGUGGGACUGUGGAGGACAAGACACCUUCAUGGAAAACUACUUCACCAGUCAGAGGGACAACAUUUUCAGAAACGUAGAGGUGCUUAUUUAUGUAUUCGAUGUUGAGAGCCGCGAGCUGGAGAAAGACAUGCAUUACUACCAAUCGUGUCUGGAAGCCAUCCUGCAGAACUCCCCUGACGCUAAAGUCUUCUGCCUCGUGCACAAAAUGGACCUGGUGCAGGAAGACCAGAGAGAUUUGAUCUUUAAGGAGCGUGAAGAGGAUCUGAAGAGACUGUCCAGACCUUUGGCGUGCACAUGCUUCAGGACAUCGAUCUGGGACGAAACCUUGUAUAAGGCCUGGUCCAGCAUAGUGUACCAGCUCAUCCCAAACGUCCAGCAGCUGGAGACGAACCUGAGAAACUUCGCACAGAUCAUUGAGGCGGAUGAAGUUCUUCUGUUUGAGAGAGCCACCUUCCUGGUGAUCUCCCACUAUCAGUGCAAAGAGCAGCGUGAUGCUCACCGGUUUGAGAAGAUCAGUAACAUUAUCAAACAGUUCAAACUCAGCUGCAGUAAACUUGCAGCCUCUUUCCAAAGCAUGGAAGUGAGGAACUCCAACUUUGCGGCCUUCAUUGACGUCUUCACGUCCAACACAUAUGUCAUGGUCAUCAUGUCAGACCCGUCCAUUCCAUCUGCAGCCACUCUCAUCAAUAUCCGUAAUGCUAGGAAACACUUUGAGAAGUUGGAGCGGGUGGAUGGACCCAAGCACAGUCUGCACAUGCGAAUGCGCUAGCCGGCGCAUUUGUCUCCAGUGGAUACUCUCAGCCAAUCAGUCCACAGGCCACAGACGGCAUGUAGUGGUCUCCUAGCUCCCCGAUACAUACGAGCAGCCCUGCACCGUUUCCUCUAUAUCUUCACAUUCAAUCACAGUUAGUAUGGGAGAAAUCAUAUUUUCUUUUGGUCUAAUUUCUACAGUAUCUUGAACAGUGAUGCAUUCUGUUGAAAUAUUUGUCCUAACUUGACGCAUUAAAGCAAAACGAAUGGUUGUGUUUACUGUGGCGGGGGCUACCUUUGCUGUCACACUUUGUCAUACACGGUGGACACAUUCACUCAAUGCAAUGCGUAAAUCCCCGUGAUCGGGGGAUGGGGGUCUCCAAAUUUGAUUUUCAGAUGCAGUUUGUAAGCUGUUACACUUUGAAAGUACAAACAAUAUAGUUAUAUUCAGAAAAAUUUCAUAUGGAUUGUGUUUUUUUCUGCCUGUAUAUUUUGACAGUGCUCACCACGUGAUCAACAUUUACAACAAUGUUGUAUUCGUGGUACGUAUGUUAUAAACAGAUAUACAUAUUGGUACAUAUUUACUUCCUAUAAAAACUGUCCUGCUCAGA